GUUGCAUCAACAGUCGUCUCGCUAACAAAGUAAAGGCUAUCAACUCCGAGAUGUCCUCAGUUCUGUUGUUUAGUGAUAUGUAACCAAUUUACUAAAAAGUUAACUGUAUAAAAGUAUUCCUUCAAAUUGUACGUACGCUGAUACGGCUUUGAAAAAUAUAAAAUUUUUUUCUUUUUUAAGUUUCAUUAGUGAUUGUUUUAAUGAAAUCUAAAAAGACAAUGGAAGUUACUAAAAGUAUGCCUCCGGAAGAACCAGGGAAAUACCGGCAGUUUUUAGUUGCAAUUAUUGUUAACAUUUCAAGUUUGGUGUAUGGAAUAAUGAUCGGAUGGGCAUCGCCAACAAUACCGCUACUGAAAAGUGCCGAAACACCAGUUGGUCAAACACCAUUAAAUGAUGAUCAAGUGUCAUGGUUAAUCAGUAUAAUGUGUUUAGGUGGUGUUAUAGUUCUGCCACUUUGCGGGUGGAUAUCAGAAAAAUUUGGCCGAAAAAUAACCGGAUACACCAUGGGAAUUCCUUACGUCACUUGUUGGCUUCUAACACUUUUUGCAACUAAUUACUGGUAUCUGUUAAUCGCGCGAGUUUUUGCGGGUUUCGGCGGUGCAAUAUGUUUCUUUUUGGUGCCUAUGUACGUUGCCGAGACAGCUGGCGACAGUAUUAGAGGACAACUUGGUAGUUUGAUGGUAUUUUCUGUCAACAUUGGUAUUUUAAUGGGAUACGUACUCGGAGCUGUCAUGUCUUAUCAAUUAUUUGCAAUAAGUUCUCUUAUCUUGCCUAUGGUUUUCCUCGGAUCCUUUGCAUUUUUGCCCGAAACACCAUCCUAUCUUGUUCGUAAAGACCGCAUGAAUGAUGCUGCCAAGUCCUUGAUGUGGCUGAAAAAUGGCGACAAGUCGGCUGCUGACCGUGAAUUAUUGAGACUCCAAUCGCUCGUUAAAGAGUCUUCUGAUGUCAAUGAAGCCGUAGGACUUAGAGACUUAUUCCGAGACAAAGCAACCAUCAAAGGUCUGGUCAUAGGUAUUAUGCUAUUGUGCGGACAACAGACAUGUGGAAUUUCGGCUAUGCUCUCGUACACAGCAAUGAUUUUUCAAAUUGCCGGAAGUUCACUGAGCCCGAAUUCAGCUACAAUUAUUGUCGGUGCUAUUCAAAUAUUUGGAUCUUGGCUCUCAACAGUACUGAUGGAACGCGCUGGAAGAAGACCUCUUAUUCUUAUCUCUUGUAUGGGAAUGCUUGUUUGUCAUUUCAUCCUCGGUUUAUUCCUCUAUUUGCAGUACAAAUCGUACGACGUUACGUCAUUCGGAUGGAUUCCAUUGCUUGCACUCUCGGUUUACGCAGUUGUUUAUUGCGUCGGAAUGGGACCCGCCCCCUUUAUUGUAGCAGCUGAAGUUUUUAGCCCAGAUGUCGCUUCACUUGCUAAUACUGUCAAUAUGAUUUGUUUGUUUAUUUCCGCGUUUUUAGUUAUGAAAUUGUUCCCUCUAUUAAUUGUUAUUUUGGGAAUAUACGGAUGCUUCUUCUUUCUGGGGGCUUGUUGUGGUUGUACCUUUUUAUUUACGUUAUUUUUUGUACCAGAGACUAAAGGCAGAAGUAUUGAAUCCAUUCUCGAUGAACUUAACGGUUUGUCAGGUCAAUUUAAAGAAAAUGGGUAUGUUAAAGCGGCUGUUGAUGUUAAUGAAAAAAAUUUACAGUCGUCUAAUGUAUAAAUUUUUUAUGAUUAUUUUAAUGACCAUGUAGAUAUUAAAGUUAAGUACAGCUCGAAUGCCCUUGAAAAAAACCGUCUCUCUCCAUUUUUUUUACUUUUACUGGAGAUAAAAAGCAAUGCACGGUAAAAAAUCGGGAGUGAAUUCGGUGUGAUUACAGAUUUUAUUUAAAUUCAAAUUCAAUCCGUCACUUCACAUAAAUUUUUUAAAGAAAAAAAGUGACUGAAAAUUUAGUUAAUUUUGGUUAUGAAUAAACUAUCUUUCAAAUGCUAUAAAUUUUGGUCUCGUUUAGUAUAUUUGAAUAAGUGUAAAUAUGAUUUUUACGUAAGUUAAUCAACCGGGACCGAGCAAGCGUUAGCAGAACACAUCUCAUCGCUUCGCGAUUGAGUUGUGCAAUAUAAUUUUUCUUCAAACAUAGAUAAAUAAUUACACAUAUGAAAAAUGUAGAUAUUUUUGUUACUCGGAUAAAAUUACUGUUUUAAGUAUAUUUGAGGAAUUUUGAUAUAUGAAACAGCAGUUUCCGUAAUUCAUAAAAGUAAUUAGUUUACUUCAUCAUAGUACUCUUACAAUUCAAAUUACUGUUUUUAUAAUUUUCAUAGCUACGUUAUAUUCUGCAAUUAUUGUAGUAUAUAUAGAUUUAUAUACAUUUUUUGUGAAGAAUGAAAUUUACUCUACUGGUGUACAUUAAAAAAUUAUUUUUAAAGCGAUAGUAAAUCACACAACACAUUUGCGCUUAAACAAUUUUUAUAAAUGACAAAUUUUAAAUAAAUGCGUAAAAAACUUAAAAAAUAUCAUUUAUGACAUCAUGAUUGCCAGAAAAAUAUGUAAUAAAGUAAUUAUGUUCAAAAAGUAGAAGUAAAGGGUUUGCUAAUAAGAAUAUCGGUAUCUGAAUAUUGAUAGAUUUUUAUUGAU